AUGGCUCCGGUACAAGAGUACUGGGAUCCCAGUGCUCUGUAUCCCUCCCCCCCGCAGCCUCGAGCGCGGUUCGCAUACAGUUCCAGCACUUCCGCGCCUCUGUGCAACUACAAGAACCUGACGCAAGAGGCACCAAUGGCGCAGCCACUCUUGGUAAGUUCUGAAGCGCAAUCCAACUCGCGAGCGCUGACUGUGGAGCAGCAACGCUCGUUCAGACCGGAAGAGCAGAUCCAACCGGCUCAGUGGUCCAUGUCGCAGGAGUGCAUCCCACUAUCAAUGUCUGGCAAUUCUAUGCGCGCGCAGCACCAGCUGUGGGGGCAGCUCCCGGCUUUUAGCAACUCCAUGAUGUGGAGUGAGCUUCAUACCGACCCGCUCAUCAUGUCACAAACGGACCAUCCAAUGUUUGCGAACGGCGACCUGUCGUACAGUCAGAUCGCAAGGCAGAACGCGCUGGGUAGAACCGGCGUGGACCUUGAUAGCUCGUUAUACUGGCCCUCGAGCGGCAUGAACAACCUCCAUCGUACCAACACAGCGCCCAGUUCCAACGAAGACCUACUGCUGUCGCCGGUCAGCCCAUUUAGUGACGCAAAGCAUACAUACAGUCCCGGACCAGAGAGCGACCAGAUUACUUCAGUUCGCGGUUCAGUAAGCUACCCCACUGGAAUGAAGGUCUCUUCGUCACCCGAUUUCGUACCUGCCACACCGCAAUUAGGUAGCAUGCUUCCAUAUCAGCCGGGAAGCGCUGCCAUCCAGAAUGAUCUUGGGUUCGCUAUGGCACCUGCUGGAGCGUUCCAGCUGGGCAGUGCGGCCAAACCAGCUCACAGCGCAACGCCGUGCGGCUCAGAUUGCUCAUGUGAGCAUUUGCAGAGUACCAGCCCAAACAAGACGCCAUGGCACCCUCCUGGUUACGGAGUAGAGACGUCUGCAAUGAUUCAAGACAUUCCAAGCCAGGUGUUACCCACGCCGUGGAACGAUCUCGGCCCCAAAUCUUCCAUGACUUUCAUUGACCGCAGUAUGCGCCAACGACAGCCUCAGUGGAGCAACAAGAGUAGUGGUGUCCCGGCACAGGGCCAUUUUGAGACUCGAUUCAUGGCGCCCAGUACCGCAGGUGAGAAGGCUCGACGUGCGUCAGACGACGAGGUACUGCUGCAGAUGAAGCAAGACGGCUACACAUAUCGAGAUAUUCGCAGGGCGCUUCACCGCAAGGUCGCCGAGUCCACUCUUCGCGGCCGCUAUCGUUCCCUGACCAAACCGAGGAAGAUGCGAGUUCGGGCUCCGAAGUGGACCGAGGUCGAUAUCACGCUGCUCAAACGUUACGUGCAGGAAGAGUUCGAUAAGCUUGACGUAACACAUCCUUCCCUCGAGACGAAGCAAAAGCCAGACAAGAUCCCGUGGAUGAAGAUUGUCGAGACCAUUGCCACGACUGGCGGAACAUACAAGUUUGGCGCUGCCACGGCGAAGAAGAAGUGGGUCGAACUCGCACGCUUUGCUCCAGUUCGUUCAUCUCGUGGACGUGGUGAGGCCUGA